UUUUAGGCUAUAAAUACUAACAAAUUUUCCAUUUAGUAUCCACACACAAAAGUUAUUGCUUGCAAACACUGUACUGUGAUAAUGAACAUCAUCCCCUCUUGUCUCCCUAUCCUUCCUCUCUCUCUCAUCCUCUUUCUCUCUCUACUGUCCCUUUUCCCCGCCGCCGCCGCCGGCGAGCGUUGCAACCCCUACGACAAGAAAGUUCUCCUGAAAAUCAAGAGCGAUCUAGGCAAUCCCUACCAUUUUGCCUCGUGGGACCCCAAAACAGAUUGCUGUGAAUGGUACGUGGUGGAAUGCGAUGAAAUCACUAACCGGAUUAUAACCCUAAAUGUCAUCACCGCGGAUUUCGCCGGCCAAAUUCCGGCGUCCGUCGGGGACCUUACGUAUCUCAAGACGUUGAUAUUCCACAAGGUCGCGAAACUCACCGGGAACAUUCCGGCUUCCGUCACCAAGCUCACCCACCUCACGUUCCUGGAGGUUAGCUGGACCAACGUCUCCGGCGCCGUUCCGGCGUUCCUCGGUCAGAUGAAGAACCUCACUUACCUCAACCUGUCUUUCAACAAUUUUAGCGGUUCUAUCCCGGAGUCUCUAGGUGAGCUCAAAAAACUGGAGGCCUUACACUUAGACAGGAACAAACUCACCGGAACCAUCCCGGAAUCUUUCGGGAAAUUCCCCACGGCGCCGGAUCUUUACCUCUCCCACAACCAACUCACCGGCAAAUUGCCUGCAUCCUUCGCCAAACUUGAUUUCGUGAGGAUAGACUUAUCCCGGAACAAGCUAGAAGGCGACGCAUCCAUCUUAUUCGGGAAAAAAAAGACCGCCCAAAUUAUCGACCUUUCGAGAAACGCGUUCCAGUUCGACUUCUCGAAGGUGAAGGGGUUUUCCAAGAGCUUAAUCUGGCUGGAUCUGAACCAUAACAAGAUCGCCGGAUCCCUGCCGGCGGCGCUGACGAAGAUAGAGAAUUUGCAGCAGUUCAAUGUGAGCUAUAACAGACUUUGCGGCGAGAUCCCGCAAGGUGGGACCGGGAGGCUUCAGGAUAGGUUUGAUAAAUACGCCUACCUUCAUAACAAGUGCUUGUGCGGUCCGCCAUUGCCGGCGUGUUAGUGUCGAUCGGCAAGUCUUUGAUUUUCCGGUUUGCUGCAGAAUAAGCUAAGCGGGCAUUAAUAUCUAUGUAAUAAUGGUAGCCAUUUGAGCAAGAAUUGCAAGUUUAAUUUGAAUUGGUUUGGUAUGUUUUUUUGCACUUUAUAAA